AGGUUUUUAUUUAGUGUAGAAACGAAACGUUGUAAUAAAUGUCAAAAACUCAAAACAAGUUGCGUUGUAGGUUGAACUGCUAUGUAUCCACUUGCAAAAUAAACAAACAUGAGUAUUGGUUAAUUCUUUCAGGAAACCUAUUAUAGAAAACGAAAAUGAUGUCUGGUGUUAAAUUGGAAGUCCUAUGGUCUCCUGUACACCACGAUAAAUUUAUACUAUGGGGUCCAGACAUAACCUUAUACGAAGUUUCUCGGAUAAAGGAAAUUGAGAAAAAAACAACAUUCACUCCAAUAUCAUCAACCAGGGGUGCAACAGUGCUUGCAUCACAAAGCGCUAGUGGAGUCCGCUGUGUAGACAUUAGUGCCAUCCCUGAACAGCCGGAGCCACUGCUGGCGCUAGGCUAUGCUAAUGGGAGGGUGGCACUCACCACUUUGAAGCAGACUUAUGAUCCAUUAGGAUUGGUUGGGAGAGAGUUCAGUCCUCGCUACUCACGACUCUGCAACUCCGUGUCAUGGAGUCACAUGGAAACCAACAUGCUCGCAGUGGCCAUGGAGAAAAACCGCAGCGAUCACUGCAUACUGCUGUGGGAUGUAUACCGGGGGUCCAUACUGUCAGAGGAAGCUAAAGCAACUGAUGCUGCAUCAUCAUCAUCAUCAGUCUCAGAUGCUUCGCGGCCUCUAGCUGAAAUGGGUCUUUCAGAGACAGCCCACUGUGUCACUUGGGCCAACUUCUCCAGCAGGACUCUGAUAGCAUCCAUGAACCUUAAAUAUAUCAAGAUAUUUGAUCUCAGAGAUUUGUCGAACAAGGCAGUGAACACGACGACUACGCGGUAUUGCUAUGGUGUAUGCGCGGAGCCGUGCGGCGGGUAUCAGAUCGCGUCCCGGGGCGAGGGCGUCGCCUGCGUGUGGGACGCGCGCGCCCUGCAGCGCCCCCUGCUCACCCUGCAGCACCCGCGCCCCCUGGCGCAGCUGCAGUGGUGCCCCACUAGGCGCAACUUGCUGGUCUCCCUGCAACGCGACUCCAGCACACUCCGCAUCCACGACAUACAGCAGGCGACCAGCGACAACAAGAUCAAUUUGUCAGACAGCGCGAUGGCUGGGCAGGCAGUGGAGGCGGAGCUCGAGGAGCAGAGCUCCCCGGGGCCCAGCGUCAUCGAGCGCGACGUGACGGUGGGCUCUGCCCCCGCCGCGCCUCUCGUAGCUUUCAGCUGGCACCCGGCGCACGAGGCCCGCCUGCUGGCAGUCUGCGCUACGGGAGCUCUGGUGGACUACACUGUUUGCGAACGGGUCACUGUAUCGUGGGGCGGCGAGGGUUCGCUCGUGUGGACAGGUGGGGGCGGAGCCCUGCGGCUGAUGCGAGAUGACUUCUAUGCUGCUAUCAAAGAUAUCUCGUACGUGAUGAAAAAGAGAGCGCAGACUGAUUAUGGACUUAAGCCAGAUUUAUGGCAGAAUGCAGACUUGGCAGAUGACGAUGAGCUGAGUGGUCUGUGGCACUUUUUAGCACUCAGUAAGUCCCUGGUGGAGGACGGGUGCAUCCGCAACAGUCCGUGGAAGCACCCGGGGGUGCGCACCGUGCUGCGCUCCGUGGGGGAGGGGGGGUACCGCUCCGAGAUAGUGCCCUCAAUACUGCCUGACCUGCCCAACCGACGGGUCACCAUCUACAGGAGCGCGGAGCGCACGCGCGCGCUGCAGCUGUGCGGGUGGGGGUGGGGGUGGGAGAACGCGCUGGCGGGGGUGGAGCGCGCGGAGGCGGAGGGCACGCCGUGCCGCGCCGCCGCGCUGGCCGCCUUCCAGCUGCGCGUGCGCACGGCGCUGGACGUGCUGGCGCGCGCGCAGUCCCCGCUGCUGCGCGUCGUGGCGCUGGCGCUGGCCGGGCUCAGCGACGAGCGUCUGUGGCGGGAGGCGCUGGGCGCGGCAGCGGCGGCUCUGCCGGACCCCUACCUGCGCGCGCUGCUGCGCUUCCUGGCCGCCUCCGCGCCCGCGCACCCGCACCACCACGCGCCGCCCCCGCACCAGCCCGACCUCGCCGCCGUGCUGAACGAGACGGAGAUGCGUCUGGAGGACCGCGUGGCGUUCGCGUGCAUCUUCCUGCCGGACAGUGCGCUGCACGAGUACGUGCGUGCAACGAGCGCGGAGCUGUGCGGGCGCGGCGCGCUGGGCGGCGUGCUGCUGACGGGCGCGGGGCUGGACGCGCUGCCUCUGCUGCAGCGCUGGCUGGAGGCCACGGGCGACGUGCAGUCCGUCGCGCUCGUCGCCGCGCGCUGCUUCACGCCGGACCUGCUGCGGGACCCGCGCACCCUCAACUGGCUCGACAGUUACCGGUCGAUCCUGGACAGCUGGCAGCUGUGGUGGGCGCGGUGCGCGCUGGACACGUGGGUCUGCGGCGCGGGCAGCGCGGCCGGCGACUGGGCCGGCGCCGGGCCCGUGCCGCGCGCCGUCUGCGUCGCCUGCACCUACUGCGGCAAGUCCGUCGCCGCCCCGCCAGGCCACGCGCGGCCCCGCGCCGCCUUCACGCGCCUGCCGCCGCCCGCCGCCAAGAUGAAGCAAAUCUCGUCGUGUCCGAACUGCCGCAAGCCCCUCCCCCGCUGCGGGGUGUGCUCCCUGCAUGUGGGGACGGGGGCGGGGGGCGGCGGCGCGGGGGCGGCGGGGGCGGGGGCCGCAUUCGGAUCCUGGUUCAGCUGGUGCGUCGCCUGCAGGCACGGGGGACACGCUCAGCAUCUCAUCAACUGGUUCAAGGAGCACACAGAGUGCCCGGUCAGCUCGUGUAACUGUCACUGCGCUACGCUGGACCCUCCCGACAGGCACUAGUCAUACACUGUAAACUAUACUUUAUGUCUAUUCACGUAAGAGCUAAUUCAGUUUGUGCGGUAAGCGAACAAUCAUAUAAUUUGUACUAUUCGGGUGUAAGUGUAACGAGAUCAAUUAGAAAAAAUGCUAGAAUCAAAAAAUCGCAAUGAUAAGUCAAUUCCUAAAAUGUACCUAUAC